AUGUGGAAACCUCGAGUCUAUAUCGCUGUUACUGUGACUGCAUUCAUCAUCUGCGUCGCCAUUGCAGCAUCCGCCAUUUACAUCAUCCUCUCCAGGAAGAAGAAGAAGAAGCUCCACCAUGAUUCUUUAUGCACCAAAAGUCUGGAUUUAGAGCAUCAACAUCUGAGUUUAAGUAUCAGAACUGUAAGCGAAACCAAAAUCUCUUUCGAAGAAUCCUCCUCCAAAAAACUGCAGCUGGUGGUGGAAACCUUCACGGCGGAGGAACUCACCACCGCCACCGACCACUUCUCCUCCACCAACCUCAUCGACGGCACCGUAUAUCACGGCCGCCAUAACGGAAAAAGCUUGGCGAUCAAAUGCACCGACCACCGUACAAUCUCCAAGAUCAAAUUCGAACUCUUCCACGAUGCAACCCAUUUUCACCCCAAUUUAAUCAGGCUGUUAGGGACUUGUACGAUCGGCAGCCAUGGAAGUACGUCAGCCGAUGAUCACAAUGCGUUCUUGGUGUUCGAAUAUUCGAAAAACGGAUCGUUGAAGGAUUGGAUUCACGGCGGAUUAGCAGUUAAGAGCCAUUUCAUUGCCUCAUGCUACUGUUUCUUAACAUGGAAUCAAAGGCUACGAAUCUGUUUGGAUGUCGCAAUUGCAUUACAGUAUAUGCAUCAGAUAAUGAAUCCGAGUUACGUUCAUCGGAACCUUCGGAGUCGGAAUAUUUUUCUCGACGAAGAAUUUAACGCCAAGGUCGGGAAUUUUGGCAUGGAAGAAUGCGGUGAACAUGAUCAUUUUUCCAAAGGAGAACCUUCUUCGGAAAACCUCUAUCCCAUGAGAUGGGAUAGAGGGUAUAUUGCACCUGAACUUAAAAAUUCAGAUGCAAUAACUGCAAGUAUUGAUAUAUAUGCUUUUGGGGUGGUUUUGCUGGAGAUUUUAUCAGGAAAACCACCCGUUAGCAUCAGGAGUAAGUUGGAGAAAGAAGAAGAGGAGGUUUUGUUAUCUGCGGAAAUCAAGAUUAUAUUGCAAUCGAGUAUCGCAGAUGAGAAGCUGAGGGAAUGGAUGGAUAACGUAUUGGGGGAGAACUAUUCGUUCGAUGCAGCGAUCACGAUAGCGAAUCUGGCAAGAGCGUGCGUGGAGGAUGGUCCAUUGUUGCGGCCAAAUGCCGGAGAAGUGGUUCAGAAGUUGUCGAAACUGGUGGCGGAGUUGCCGGAAGGCGAGGAGAAGCAAUUCGUUGUCAAUGAAAGUUCUUGCAAACCUCUUGUUGUUAAGCCAGUUUGUGAUUAA